AGUCCGUCUGCUAGACCGAAUAGAACAUAAUAGCAUCAUUACCUCUCUUUUUCUUGUUUUUUUUUUUUCUGCCAGCACUGCCAGUUUUCUUUCUUCUCGUUUCUUUCAAAGGAUCGACGCCGUCGUUUGGUUCCCUGUCGGUUCUGCUGAUAAAUUAUUUUUGCUCUUUUCAUUUCAAAAUAUCAAUUCUGCCUUCUCUGCUCCUUCCCCACCGGCGCUCAUUCCACACGUAGGGUCACCGAGAGGCAGAAAUCCGCAUCAAAAAAGGAAGACAGUUCUCACGACCGUCACGGAGACGCUCAAACCCCAAUUAACUCUCUUUCAAUAUAGUUUGCCUCUCUUUUUUCCCCCUUCUCGAGCAUAUACUCGCACGCCAUGACUGCCCACGCUAUUCAGAGCAACAUCGCGGCUCUGCUGAACAACGCCGCGAUGAAGCUCCCAACGGCGGUGCAGCCGUACGUCCUGCCGCUGGCCCGAGAGGACAUGGUGCCGACGGCCCUCACCGUUGCGGUCGUGACGGCGGCGCUGCUAUACUUCCUCAUCACCGUCGUCUUCCCUGGGCUCCGCAUGGACUACUAUUUGUCGAAGCUGCCGACGAUGCGGCACAGCGUUCCCGUGCUGGGCCACGCCCUCCUCCUCGCUGGUGCCGCGCCGUGGUCGAAGAUGGCCCAGUGGAGCAUGUACCCCGAGAAGAACCUGCCGAGGAAGAAGGCGGACGGCACUCACACGAGCCGGUUGGUGACCUUCAACGUGGCGGGCAUGCGUGUGAUUUACCUCAACGAGCCGCGACUGCUUCGCCGCGUCCUCCUGACGCACCAGCGUAACUACCGCAAGGCCAUCGCGGCCGCCUACAAGCAUUUCAUGUGUCUCCUCGGCACCGGGCUCGUGACGGCCGAGGACGAACACUGGAAGCGCGGCCGCCUGCUGCUGUCGCACGCCAUGCGCAUUGACAUUGUGGAGGAUGUGCCGGAGAUGGCGAUGCGUGCCGUGGACCGCAUUCAGAAGAAGCUGGAUAACCUGAAGGGCAAGAACGAAUACCUCGACUUCAACGAGGAGUAUCGCCACAUGACGCUGCAGGUGAUUGGCGAGAGCGCGCUCUCCCUCUCCGCCGAGGAGUCGGACCGCAUCUUCCCAGCCCUUUACCUCCCGAUUGUGCAGGAGUGCAACGCGCGCGUGUGGGCGCCGUGGCGCGCCUACAUGCCCUUCCUCGCCGGCUCACGCGAGCGUAACCAUUGCUUGAAGGAGCUGAAUAAAGUUCUCAGCGACAUUAUACGCAGCCGCUGGGAGCAGCGGAAAGAGCCGAAGUUCAGCGCAAAGCCCGACAUUUUGGCGCUGUGCAUGUCGCAGAUCGACCACGUCGACAGCCACGUCAUCACUGAACUGCGCGACGAUGUCAAGACGGUCUUGCUGGCCGGCCACGAGACAUCGGCGGCGCUGCUGACGUGGGCGACGUACGAGACGAUCCGCCAUCCUGAUAUCCGCAAGAGGAUUUUCGACGAGGCGGUGAAGCUGUUCGACCCGGCCACCUGCAAGCGCACCAUGGAGACACGCUACGGCGUGCGCGGAAUUCCGAGCACCGACGCGGUGCGCGACCUCGUGUGGACGCCCGCCGUGCUGCGCGAGACGCUGCGCCGUCACAGCGUCGUGCCGUUGGUCAUGCGCUACGCCGCCAAGGACGACAUCUGGCCCGCCGCGGACACCGGUCUCGACAAGGAUGUGCUCAUCCCCGCUGGCUGCACCAUUGCGGUGGGCAUGCAGGGUGUGCACAGCAACCCCGACGUGUGGGAGAAGCCGGAGGUGUUCGACCCCACCCGCUUCAUCGAUGCGGAGAUCGCCAACGACACGAACUACCUCAACCGCAACACCUCUGGUAUCAAGUUCGCCAAGAAGAUCGACCCGUACGGGUUCAUCCCCUUCAUCAACGGGCCCCGCAACUGCCUCGGCCAACACCUCUCGAUGAUUGAGACGCAGGUGGCGUUGGCGUACAUGAUUCUAAACUACGACCUGGAGAUCUACCGCGACUCCACCUUUAAGGGCGAUGUGAACACGUACGAGGAGGCGGUUGGGCGCCAUCACGACUUCAUCAUUCCUCAAGUCCCACACGAUGGACUGAAGCUGUGCGGCACCAUCAAUAAGGUUUACCAGUGA